GGCAGAACACCGCCACGACAGGAAGCGGUAGUUUCGUCAUCUUGCUUGUGGGCUUCCCUUUAAUAGGUCAUGGCAAAGCAAGAGCAGCCUGGUCUUUUGAUCCUUGAAAUAGGAGGUGUAUGUGGUGUGCUGGAAGGCCAUGUGGAGCUCUUGAAGAAACACUUUCACCUUAUCACCAUGAAGGAAUUUCUUAAAAACAAAGAAAGAUUGAGUGAAAAGAUCAAAUCUGUUUUCAUAUAUGCGGGCAGACCAGUUGUUGACCGGGAGCUCCUCCAGAGUCUACCUCACUUAAAGGUGAUUGCAAACUCUGGGGUAGGAGUGAAUCACUUGGACUUAAAAUUGAUUUCGAGCUUUGGAGUUAAAGUGACCAAUACUCCACACGCUGUUUCUGACUCCACAGCAGACAUUGGGAUGGCCUUGAUGCUGGCAUCUGCCAGAAGGCUAGUGGAAGGUUGUCAGAUUGCAGUUUCUCCACAGACUGAGCAUUUUGCUGCUGACUGGCUGGGAACUGAAGUCACUGGGGCUACUCUCGGUAUCAUCGGCAUGGGCAGCAUUGGGUAUAAGGUGGCCAAGAGGGCCAAAGCUUUUGAAAUGAAAAUUCUGUACCACAGCAGGAACCAGAGAAAAGAAGAGGAGGAACAGGCUGUUGGUGCCCGCUACUGUGAAAAGAUGGAAGACUUGCUCCAGCAAUCUGACUUUGUGAUACUGGUCGUGAACCUGACACCUCAGACACACAAAUUGUUUGGGAAAAGGGAGUUAGAGCUGAUGAAACCCACUGCUACUCUCAUUAACAUCAGCAGAGGUGCAGUAGUUGAUCAUGAUGCAUUGGUGGAAGCUCUCCAAAAUGGGAUUAUUAAGGCUGCAGCUUUGGAUGUGACAUACCCUGAACCUCUGCCAAGAGAUCAUCCAUUAUUAAAAUUAAAGAACAUUAUCAUAACUCCUCACAUUGGAACUGCUACAGUCCAAGCCACCCGUAUGAUGACAGAAGAAGCAGUAGCAAAUAUACAGGCUGUUCUCAAUGGUCUCCCCAUUCCUAGUGAAGUGAUCCCUCAGUGACAUGUCAGAGAACAUAAAUACACAGUGUCAUGUCCGUGAAAGGACUUUAUUCUACUGAAUCAUACAGUAACUUUGCAGUGCAAUGGUUAAUAAUGACAAGUGAACAUGUUCCUACACUGCUGUCACAUUUAUGCUGCCACCCCUAGUGGCUAUUUUGUAUAAUUGCACUCCAGUCAUGUGAUAAUUUGACUAAUAAAG